AUACACAUAUCUAUAUAUUUUGGAAUUCCCCGCUUCGAAAAAGAACAGAGAAGAACACAAAAAAGAAAAAACACACGCAGAGACUAAAAAAUCAAAUCCUCCCCAUGAACAACCUAACGCCGCUCCCUCUGAUUUUUGAAGCUCCAACCAGCAGCCUUCUCUAAACAAGAACAAAACCGAACGUCCGCCCUUAUUCCCCCUCCAAUGACCUAAACCUAGCCGCCGGACCUCUUUUCUUCUUCAUCUCAUCUCACUCACCCACACUCAUAGACUCACGAAUAUUCACAUUCAAGCGGAAAUCCUUUCACACAAUUCCACGGAUUAGAAGAGAAAUUCCGAAAUUCAAAGCUAAAAAACGAGAUCCAAGAAUGAGAUUUCGGGGACCUUUUUCUGGAUUUCAAACCUAUUGAAGGUUGAUUUCGCCGUGAAUUUUCUACUGUUACCGCUGGGAUUUUGGAGGGAUAACUGAGCUCCAGUGUUGCUGUUUCAUUGUUGAAUUUAGCCAUUCGAGUUUUCCGGGCUUCAUCACUUUCAUGUAGAAGUUAUUUGGCACCUUUUUUCGGUUGCUUCAUCUGCUUUUCAGUUGUUUUCUGCUCAUAGUGUAACAGUCAAAAUGCUGGCUUCUAAGGGAGCAGUUGUCCCAGAUUCUAGAGUGAUGAUGAGGACCUUAUUCUCCCCCUGCAAUAUUUCACAUAUACCAGUUAUUAGCUUUGGACGGAAAAGCUCGUCAAAAGCCUAUAGUGCAAAAAUGGAGCUCUCAAUCACACGACCUGAUGAUUGGCAUCUUCAUCUUCGUGAUGGUGACGUUCUUAAGACAGUUGUCUCGCACAGUGCACAUCACUUUGGGAGGGCAAUAGUUAUGCCAAAUUUGAAGCCUCCUAUCACGACCACCGCUGCUGCUGUAGCAUACCGGGAAGCGAUAAUGAAAUCUUUGCCUGCCAAUAGUGAUUUCAAUCCUCUUAUGACACUUUAUUUGACAGAUACAACCAGUCCUCUUGAAAUCAAACUAGCAAGAGAGAGCCAGGUCGUAUUUGGGGUGAAGCUAUAUCCUGCUGGUGCCACGACAAAUUCACAAGAUGGAGUGACUGAUCUCUUCGGGAAGUGUUUACCAGUUCUACAGGAAAUGGUUGAGCAUAAUAUGCCUCUGCUGGUUCAUGGAGAGGUUACAAAUCCUGAGGUUGACAUUUUUGAUCGAGAAAAAGUAUUCAUUGAAACGGUUCUAAGCCCUUUGGUUCAGAAAUUUCCACGAUUGAAGGUCGUGAUGGAGCAUGUUACCACCAUGGAUGCUGUAAAGUUUGUUGAAUCUUGCACUGAAGGAAAUGUUGCAGCGACUGUCACCCCACAGCAUCUUGUUUUAAACAGGAAUUCUCUCUUCCAAGGGGGCUUGCAACCGCAUAAUUACUGCCUUCCAGUUCUCAAAAGAGAGAUCCACAGGCAGGCUCUUGUGUCAGCUGUAACAAGUGGAAGUAAAAGAUUUUUUCUUGGGACUGACAGCGCUCCUCAUGAUAGACGAAAGAAAGAAUGUUCUUGCGGGUGUGCUGGUAUUUACAAUGCUCCUGUAGCCUUAUCAGCAUAUGCUAAGGUGUUUGAACAGGCGAACGCACUUGACAAGCUGGAAGCAUUUACUAGCUUCAAUGGACCAGAUUUCUAUGGGCUUCCGAGGAACAACUCAAAGAUUAAGUUGAGCAAGACGCCAUGGAAGGUGCCCGAAUCCUUUUCCUAUGCAUCGGGAGAUAUCGUUCCCAUGUUUGCUGGUGAAAUGCUCGACUGGUUGCCCUCUCCUCUCUGAGAGAGAGAGAGAGAGAGAGAGAGAGAGAGAGAGAUUCCCAUUCUCAUCUGACAUUCUUGUUGUACUGUAGUAUUGUGAUUUAAUAAAAUAUAUGGACUAUAGGGGUAUUCAUCUUUGCUUUCCUGUUGAUUAGGCAUUAUCGGAAAUUCAGAAUGAUAAAGGUCAUUUAGAUAAUACCCUUUCAGCCAAAAACUAUCGAAAUAAUAAAGCUUUCUGGAUGUGACUACAAAUUAAGCUUUAAAUCUUUUGUUGUUCGAUUUGUCAGCCAAUGGA